GGGCGGAGCCAGCUGCCAAGCGGCAAGACUUCACACACACACACCCAAGCCUCUGUGCAGGGGUUCAGAGCCGAGACCCAAAGGGACCCUGGAGGCGCCCAAUGAAGACACUACUGACCAUCCUGACGGUGGGAUCCCUGGCCGUUCACACUACUGAGGACACAUCUGGUCUCCUUCGACACGUGAAAUUCCAGUCCAGCAACUUUGAAAACAUCUUGACGUGGGAUGGUGGGUCAGCCAGCGCCUCCGACACCGUCUACAGUGUGGAAUAUAAGAAGUACGGCGAGAGAAUGUGGCUGGCCAAGGCGGGCUGCCAGCGGAUCACCCAGAAGUUCUGCAACCUGACUAUGGAGACCCGCAACCACACGGAAUUUUACUACGCCAAGGUCACGGCCAUUAGCUCGGGAGGCCCACCGGUCACCAAGAUGACGGACCGCUUCAGCUCACUGCAGCACACUACCAUCAAACCACCUGAUGUGACCUGUAUCCCCAAAGUGAGGUCCAUUCAGAUGCUGAUCCACCCCACACUCACACCCGUCCUCUCAGAAGAUGGCCACCAGCUAACCCUGGAGGAGAUUUUCCAUGACCUGUUCUACCGCUUAGAACUCCACGUCAACCACACCUACCAGAUGCACCUUGAAGGCAAACAGAGAGAAUAUGAGUUCCUCGGCCUGACUCCAGACACUGAGUUCCUCGGCUCCAUCACAAUUUUGACUCCAAUAUUGUCCAAGGAGAGUGCCCCCUACGUGUGCCGUGUAAAGACACUGCCCGAUCGGACGUGGGCCUACUCUUUCUCCGGUGCGGUGCUGUUCUCCAUGGGUUUCUUUGUUGGCUUGCUCUGUUAUCUGGGCUACAAAUACAUCACCAAGCCACCUGUACCUCCUAACUCCCUGAACGUCCAGCGUGUCCUGACCUUUCAGCCUCUGCGCUUCAUCCAGGAGCACGUGCUGAUCCCCGUCCUGGACCUCAGCGGUCCCAGCGGUCUGUCUCAGCCCAUCCAGUACUCCCAAGUGGUGGUGUCUGGGCCCCGGGAGCCACCUGGAGCGGUGCGGCGGCCCAGCCUGUCUCAGCUCACCUAUGUUGGGCAGUCAGAUGUCUCCAUCUUUCAGCCUACCACUGUGCCGGCUCAGCAGACGCUAUCUCCACCAUCCUACAUUCCAAAGGCUAUCCCUGAGGUCCAGCCCGCGUCCUACGCACCUCAGGUAGCCUCGGAUACCAAAGCUCCGCUCUACUCACCACAGCAGGGGGUGAAGACCAGACCCACCACCUAUAACCCGAAAGACAUUCUGGACAGCUGGCCUGCUUCCUAUGCUGUGUGUGUGGAAGACUCCGGCAAAGACUCCACCGGGGGGAUCCUCUCCAGUCCCAAACACCUCAAGCCGAAAGGUCAGCUCCAGGAAGACACACUUGCUAGAAACUGUCUCCCAGGGGACCUUUCUCUGCCGGAAGUCACCUCCUUAGACAAGAAGGAGGAGGCAGAGAGACCAAAAUCACUCCCCUCGCCUCUGGGGUUUUGUACAGACAGAGGCCCUGACCUUCACACACUGCACAGUGAGGCACCAGAGACAACACGGUACCUGAAGGGGGCGCUGUCCCUCCUGUCCUCUGUUCAGAUCGAGGGCCACCCUGUCUCCCUCCCUUUGCACAUUCAUUCUGACUCAAGUUCCCCCUCAGACGAGGGACCAAGUCCCUGGGGCCUGCUGGACUCCCUCGUGUGUCCAAAGGAUGAGGGUUCAGAGGCAGAGGCUGAGGCCAUGCAUCCCAGUGCUGCAGCCUCUGAGCUGGAGCAGUCCACAGAACUGGACUCUCUUUUCAAAGGCUUGGCCCUGACUGUGCAAUGGGAAUCCUGAAGGGAGAUGAGAGCAAACAGGCCUAGGUUUCCUCCUGCCCCACCCAGCUAACAACACCACACCCACUGAGCCACAGGUUCUAAGGCCCAGCCCCCAGGGGGUGCCCUCAAGAGAAUGAGAGGAAGAUUUGGGCCCCACAUGGGCAUACAAAUGUAUGGUGAGGGCUCUAGUGGAGAUGCUGCAGGCUGGCAGCAUGUGCAAAUGGCCUGUGCCACAGAGCCCAGCAGGCAGGAUAGACAGAGUGGGGUAAUGGCAGGGAAAUCUGGAGAGCCACCCAGCUCCCUCCAUCUUGUUUAACCAAGAGUGAGGCGUCCACCUUCUCUGAAGGAUCUUGGACUGGAAGCUGGGGACUGGGCGUAACAGGCGCCUCAGCUGAGGUCAGAGGCCACACAGCAGCAAGACUUGAGGGCAGAGUGCAGUGGAGGCUCGCUCCUGCUCAGAGAACCCUUCUUCGCUCUGCUGUGGGAGGCUUCACCCAGGAGUGACUCCUUAACCCAUCAGGGGGAGAGGGAUGCUGCAUAAAAGUUUACUACAGGCCAGAGUCCAGAGAAAAGCAUUUGAAAGGGGCAUGGCUCCUUGGAACCCAAAGGCUUCUGAAUCUCAGCCUGUCCAUGUCAUCGGCAGGAUAUCAAGCAAGUGAAUGAGCUCAGACCUCAGUUUCCCCAUCAGUGAAAUGGGUAUCAUCACACUCAUCCUCUGAGGCAGUGCCGAAGACAACAUUAAGGUCUGGGAAUUGCUUUGUGGCACCUAGCACAUGGACAGAAUCUACUACUUGGCCUCUGUCUCCUACUGGGGAUUUUUUUUUUUUAAUCUAGAAACAGGAGGAGGGCCUCCUUAUGUUCCCAUGGGCUCACGGGCAUUUUCUCAUGGGUUAGAGACUCUUGCAGGCCAGAACUGGCCUAUCUAGGGCAGACAAGAGGAGUCUCCACAGAGCCUUCUGGAAACAGGCCCAGAGAAGCAACAAAUGGCACAGAGCCCUCUCCUUGAGGUUGCAGGUAGAAGCUGUUUGGGCAGAGGCCAUCUCACAAGGCCUUCUUUGCACGGAGGGAGCCCCAGGCCUCUGUCUGCCCCACCUGGAGACACACCAUCAGCUCUGCACCUCCCUGGCCCUCUGGCCCGUGCCUGCACACAGCAAGAAGAAUGUGUGCUCUGCUGCUGGAAAGCUCUAGCUGUCAAAUCACUCCCAGAUGGGCCUCACCACGAGGAAGCCAAGGCCCAGGCCAACGCAAGGCUCUGCUGUGGAGUCUACACGCAAACACAGGGCCCUUCGUGCCAAGGAUGGAUGCUCUCCACCCUGUUUGAAUUCUUGGGGGCUGAGUUUGGCAGAACAUAAAGCAGGGGGACCCCUAAAGGGUUCCCGAGAGUUAGGAGCCCUUCCCAUCGCCUUCUGGCCCCAGAUUUCUGAGACGCAACCCCAGACUCCAUUUGCAUCACCGCAGCCUUCCAGAGGUACACUGUGUCCUUCCGCCAUGCUCACCUGUGUUUCCCCUUCUUUUCCCCACCGGAUCCCCUUAAUGACACACGGUGACAGGUGGGUCUCUUAUCUAUAUGUCAUUAAUAUUUAACUGCCCUCCAAGGUUCCUGACUCAGUAUCUCAUGCCAAAGGUUAACCAUUUUUACUUUGUUUACAACUGAAUGGCUGGCCUGUUCUUGCCUGGUCAGUACAACCAGGGUUACAGAGCGUUUUUAUGGAAGGCCAUAAACUGUCUGUCAGCUCCCAGGGCUAUAUAUGUAUGGCGACCAUGACAAAUGAGGGAGAAGCUGGAGUGUCUGAGGAGGAGCCCUGCGGCCUCCUUCUGAGAGCCUCUCUCAGAUAGAUCACCACCCACACUCCUCCCCUGGCAUCCCAGGCUCAUAGCUGGACUGGAUCCUCCCUGCUUUGGCAGGCUGUCAAAGCCCCACCAGGGAGAGAUGGUGUGCUUGACUUUUCUGAGAGCCCUACCUUCUGACUCAGUAGCCUGGGCAGUCUCCAGCCCUGCCUGCUGUGCCCUGUCCCACCCAGGAGUCUCCAAGUCACCUGCCUAACAAGGAAAGGCAGAGCCAUGGGUCAUGUGGAGUGACCUCAGCAUCCCCACAACCUUAUCCUCCAGGGAACGUUCCAAGACCCUGGACCCCUGUCCGGCCGGAACUCACAAGCCGUGCGCAGACAAGGAGAGCUAAGAACGCAGCCCAACAUAAAUGGCAGACUCACCUAAAACGUCAUGGUUUGGUUUUUUGGUUUGGUUUGUUUUUGGUGACGCAGUUGUCUGGUUUUCCAAGGGUGAAGAUGACAGUGUCACAUCUAGAUGAUGUUUGAAGCCACAGACACUACUGAUCCUGCAGAUAAUCUGCUCUGUGAUAAAGCUGAAGCUAUAAACCAGGCAGGAAGGGACAAACAGGCACACAAUAGAACGGCAACUGGAGGAAGUGCAGUAAAAGUUACUUGAACACAAAUAGUUAGGUACCAAAAACCAGUCUGAUUGAAUGGUGUGGUGUAGCAUACAGAGUGGAAACACAGGAUGAGGUAUGUCUGUGGCUGGAUGACAAAGGACGGCAGCUGAGACAGGCGUGACCAGAGGGAGGGAGGGAGAGAGAGCGAGCCUGCUUCCUGCUUCCUUUGGAUCCUUGCUAUGGAGAGUCAGAGCUCUGAGGCCCCCUAACCCACACACACAGCCCCUGCUCCCUCCACCCAUUUUUCUUUUGGAUAUAAGGAGGAAGGAGACCAGGAAGCUUCCCCUGCUGUGCGGAAAGGAGGACAGCACCCAGAAUGAACCAGAGCGAGAGCUACAGCGCACAGGAAGAGACUGAGGAAGACCCAGAAUCUCAGGGGACCCGCAGGGAGGAGACAUCUAGGUAGGCAAGUCUCCAUGGCAACCCAAAGUUGCUGCCAUCGGCCACAGUUGGGCUGUAGACUGAGCAGUUGGUAGAGGUGGCCCUUGGUUUAGUCAUAAGUCCAAGAAAAUAAGAGACAAAUAAAGGAAGAAGGAAAGAGGAGAGAGAUGGAUAUGGAAUUGAGAUGCUGUGCCAGCUAAGCAUUUCCUGCAUUUAGUCUCACAAUCAUUCAGCAAGACAGGUGGCCAUGGUGUGGUGUGUGUGUGUGUGUGUGUGUGUGUGUGUGUGUGUGUGUGUGUGUGUGUUUGUAUGUGUGUGUGUAUUUGUGUGUAUGUGUGUGUUUGUAUGUGUGUGUGUUUGUGUGCGUGUGCGUGUGCGUGCAUGCGUGUGUGUGUGUGUGUGUGUGUGUGUGUGUGUGUGUGUGUGUGUAAUGAGAAUUCUGGUUUCUUUUAGAAACCCAGUUAUGUUCUGUGAAUGUGGUUUUGUUUUAAUCCUAGGUGUGGGAUAAGAGACUGCUUCACAGCAGGUGACUAUGAUUUGCCUCGUGCUUUAGCAAGGGUGUGGUUUUGCCAGCUGCAGAUAGUGUGUGAUGUUUGGAAUUCUGGGAACUUUCAAGAGGGUAUAAAUUCCAGAACCCCAAGAGAGGCUGAACUCAGAGGAGCCUGUUGCUCCCCACUGCUGCUGGGUUCCCGUUGUGGUGAUUUGUCAAGUGAUUGUGAACAAAGUGAAGAGAAGAAGAAAUUGUAGAUAUCCUUAUAAUGACAAAGACUGAACUUGGAAAAAUGAUACCUCUAAUCAGCAGGGAGUCAUCAAAAGAGAUCAACGCCACCUUUCCCCUCUACCCUUCUUUUGCUUCUACCUAGUGUUGGUGGGUUGGAAAGGAUUAAGGAGGAAUAGGGUGGCAGAUAUAAGGACCCAAUAAAGUAGCCCAAAAAGUA